UCCAUCCACGACGUUGUCCUCGUGUCACUUUAAGAACGUUGGUGAUCACGUGUGCAGCGCUCUUCACUUAAAAAAAAAAAGUUUGACAUACAUUUCUAAAAUUAUCAAGCGAGUCAUCCAAGUUUCCCCUGCCAACAAUCGUCUAAGUGCUGCAUACUGUCCGAGAAAUGAACUUGGAUAGUGGUACGAUGGACGGGAUAGCCCAGAAAAGUCUGUUAGGAUUUACUCUUGACCUGGGACCUUUGAAAGAGCCCUUGGCAUUUAUUAGAGUGCUCGAAUGGGUCUUCUCCAUAUUUGCCUUCGCUACGACCUCGGGUUAUGCCGGCUCCACGAGCGUCAACGUGCAGUGCCAGGGAAGCGUCAGCCAAGAAAUCACGGCUGACUUUAACUACCCGUUCAGACUCAUGGCCCACCCAUACAUUGUCCCCACCUGUAAGAACGACUCCAGUACCAUCCAGCUCUAUCUGACCGGCGACCACUCCUCCUCAGCUGAGUUCUACGUCUGUAUUGGGGUGUUUGCCUUCCUCUACAGUGCCGCCAGCCUGGUGAUCUACCUUGGAUACCAACACGUCUACAGCCAGACCAGCCGUGGCCCCAUUGUGGACCUGCUGGUGACAGGAGCCUUCGCCAUCCUGUGGCUGCUGUCCUCCUCUGCCUGGGGUAAAGGCCUGACUGACGUGAAGUGGGCCACCAGCCCCUCUAACCUGGUAGGCUUAAUCUCCACCUGCAAGGACGUCAGCAACAAGUGCACACCUGGAGCAGUGCCUCACAUGGGGCGACUCAACUCCUCUGUGAUCUUUGGAUUCCUCAAUCUGAUAUUGUGGGGUGGCAACUGCUGGUUCCUCUUCAAGGAGACGUCCUUCCACAAGUCUGCCAACCCCCCUGCGGACGUAGUGGAACGGUCAGGGGUCAGGCCCCUGCCUUCCUAACUGGGCAGGUCUCUGCUGUCAACGGCUGCGUUCCAGACUGCCUGCAAUGCAGUCACUGCAUAAAUUAACCAAUCUUUGGGAGGCGAAUCCAAACUUCCACUCAAAUUCUCACUUUGUCAUGCAUUGAUGCCAAUAGGAGAAAAUGUGACUUUGUGGAAGAUUUUUCCCCCUCUAUGCGAUUUCUGACUUGUUAAACACUUAUCCAGGUGUUUUGAGAUUUGGUGUGUGUGUGACUGCUUUGCAGACGAUCUGGAACAGUGCUGCUUAGAAAUGUCUUCUGGAAACUUAACCACAGUUUCUCUCAUGCAUUGCCAACAUUGACCGGUCCACAUUUAUUAUUCAAAAGCGUUCGAAGUGGUGCAUUUUAAGUUCUCUAAAUAGGUACAAAAUUGAAUCCAGCAAAUAUGGAAGGAUACUUUUUUUUGGGGGGAGGGUUUGCAGACCAUAAAUGUACGUCAGAACUAGUUUUGUUUCAUGUAGUUAACUCUUUAGUUGAUUUAACAGUAUAUCUAACCCAAAGCAACAAUCCAAAUCAGUUUAUUAAAAAGAGUCGCUGUGUGAUUAUUUAUUUUUGUUACUUUGUGGAUAGUUGUGGACCGUGGUCCUCUUAGCUCAACUGGUAGAGCAUGGCGCUUGUAACGCCAGGGUAGUGGGUUCGAUCCCCGGGACCACCCAUAUGUA